AUGGCCAGCACAACCGGACUGAGGUGCCUUAAUCCUCCCCCGCCGUCAAAUAACACAGUCCGCGUGCGCAUGGUAGACACAAGGUCUUUCAUGUCACUGCAUGCGUUUUCAUUUGUCAAACCCGUCAUGCCGGGCCACGAGAGGAUGAGCGUGACAACGGUGGCCUUCUUGAUUGAGAACGAGAGGCUGGGCAAGAAAGCAAUGUUCGAUCUCGGGACUCGAAAGGAUUACUGGAACUGUCCUCCAUUUACACUGACAAGGAUCGAAGCGGCUAUACCUGGUGUCAGAAUUGAGAAAGACGUGACCGAGAUCCUGCAGGAGAAGGGAAUUAAACUGAGUGAGAUAAAUGAUAUUAUCUGGUCGCACAGCCACUGGGACCAUAUGGGAAGUCCGCAUUUGUUCCCCCCUACAACGAAUCUCUGUUAUGGAAAGGGCACAGGGCCGUUCCCAACAUAUCCUGAAAACCAAAAUUCCAACCUCAGUGCCGAAGACUUUGCAAACCGAAAAUGUAAGGAGAUUGAUUGCUCCGAUUUGCACAUCGGACCCUUCCCCGCCCAUGAUUUCUACGGCGAUGGGUCGUUAUAUCUCCUUGAUACGCCGGGGCACUGGCCGGGUCAUAUAUGCGCGCUGGCCCGAACUACACCGGACACCUUUGUCUUUCUUGGUGGCGACAUCUGCCACUUUGCCGGUGACUUCAGACCGACCGAGGACAUUCCACUGCCAGAGAUUAUUCCCGGUGACGCACUCCGACACAGCAAGAAGUAUCCUGCACCAUGUCCUUGCGAGUUCUUCGCCGCGCACCAUCCGCAGCUCCGCACAUCAAAGCCUUCGGUCGACACAAAAUCGACCCCGUUCUAUGAGCUCUCUACUCAUGCGCACUCAACAUAUAAAUUUCCAGACGUCGCGGCAGUAACCACAGAAAGGAUGCAGAAACAUUUCGACUCCGACCCUGAUGUCCUGGUCUGUCUUGCUCACGAUUCAGCACUCCUAUACCAUCUGCCUACCUUUAACGAACAUCCUGACCAAGAUAUCAAUGAGUGGAAAAAACUGGGAAUGAAAGAGAAGUGCCACUGGGGAUGGCUUGGUGAACUACCACGGUACAAUGGGGACGGAACUGUACUCGGUCCAGGGAAUCGGGAGAAGCCAAUUGUGGAUGGGCUUUGGAAGAAUGGCGUUCGGGUGGACUCACUCAGAUCUUAA